CCAGCGCGCGCGCUCGCUUGGUAGGUCGGUCGGUCGGUUGUCAAGAGCGCACGGACCGGACUGAUCAGGAGGAGGCAGCAGGUUGGAGAUGUCGUGGUGUGAAGGUUCGGGGAGCAAGAUGACGUGGGUGAAGUUGCUUCUCUCCUUAGUGUUGCUUCAUACGGUUUCUGAAGCCUCUGCUAAUCAGCCGCCUCGUUUCCAGAAUUACUUCUUCCAGUCGUACCUGCUCGUCUAUGAGGACACACCAGUGGGUACCUCUAUUACCCAGCUGCAGGCGGUGGAUCCGGACGGCGAGCCGCUGAUUUUCGGUGUGGUCGGGGAAGAGGCCAUGCGCUACUUUGCUGUGCAGGGAACGACUGGUGUGGUGUGGCUGAGGCAGCCGCUCGACAGAGAGGCCAAGUCAGAGAUGCAGGUUGAGUUCACUGUGAGCGACAGUCAAGGGGUUGUCAAGGAUACAGUGAAUAUUCAGAUCGGGGAUGUAAAUGACAAUGCUCCAUCAUUUUACAACCAACCCUAUGCCAUUCAGAUACCAGAGAACACUCCAGUAGGGACGUCAGUGUUCAUGGUGAAUGCGACAGACCCAGAUCAAGGAGUCGGAGGCAGCGUCCUGUUCUCCUUCCAGCCUCCGUCUCAGUUCUUCUCUAUUGAUGGAGCCAGAGGAAUCGUCACUGUUACCAGAGCGCUGGACUAUGAGACAACUAUCGCAUAUCAGCUCACUGUUAAUGCCACGGACCAGGAUAAACGGCGUCCGCUGUCUAGUCUGGCUAAUUUGGCGAUUACCAUCACUGAUGUUCAAGACAUGGACCCCAUCUUCACCAACCUCCCCUACAGCACUAAUAUAAUGGAGGAUGCACCACCAGGUUAUGAAGUUCGUAAGAUCAGAGCGAUCGAUCAGGACUUGGGCCGACCACGUGGAAUCGGAUAUACAAUCAUAUCAGGUAACACCAACAGUAUGUUUGCUCUUGAUUACAUCAGCGGAUCCCUGACAGUGAGCGGACAGCUGGAUCGGGAAAACCCACUGUAUUCAUCUGGAUUCACCAUCACAGUAAAGGCCACAGAGCUCAAUGACGACCGCACACCCUCUUCUGCCACUGUCACCACCACCUUCACCAUCCUGCUAAUCGAUAAAAACGACAAUCCGCCCAGAUUCAACAGCUCAGAGUAUCGAGUCCUCAUCACCGAGCUGGCGCAAGUCGGCUUCGCUUUGCCUCUGUACAUUCAGGUGGAAGACAAAGACGAGGGGGUGAACAGCAUGUUUCAGGUGUUCCUGACGGGGAAUAACUCGGAUCACUUCAGCAUCUCUCCCACCUCAGUGCAGGGCAGAGCGGACCUCCGCCUGCGUGUGGCCAUCCCGCUGGACUACGAGACCAUCCGCAGCUACAGCUUCUCUCUGUAUGCGAAUGAGUCUCUAUCAGAGCAUGUGGGUUUUGCUCGAGUCUUCAUCGACCUCAUCAACGAGAACGACAACAGGCCGAUCUUCAGCCAGACUCUUUACAACAUCAGUCUACCAGAGAGCAUUGAGCCCGGAGCAUCUCUGCUGCAGAUUAAGGCCACGGAUAAUGACAUUGGCACGUUUGGAGUGGUUCGGUAUUACUUCAGCGAUGAGCCAGACCAGUUCUCAUUGGAUGCUGAGACGGGUUGGGUGACUCUGAGAGGUCGGCUGGAUUAUGAGCUCAUGCGGCGCUUCACUCUGACCAUACUGGCCCGGGAUGGAGGAGGAGAGGAGACCACAGGACGCCUCCGCAUUAAUGUGAUGGAUGUAAACGACAAUGCUCCGGUCUUCCAGAAGGAGGCGUACACAGGCUCACUCAUGGAGAACGAACAGGCUCCUCAGCAGGUCAUCCGAGCCCGGGCGACAGAUGAGGACUCUCCUCCUAAUAACAUCUUGACCUACUCCAUCACCUACGCCUCUCAGUUUAGGUCAUUCUUCAGCAUCAGCAUUGCGGAGGGCUACGCAGUCAUCACCGUGACUCGUCCUCUGGAUUAUGAGCAGGUUCCAAGUGGAUUGAUCUUUCUGACUCUGAUGGCUAAAGAUGGAGGAAACCCAUCUCUCAACAGCACCGUUCCAGUCAUCAUCGAGCUGAUUGUGAGCGGGACUCCUCCACUGCGCUCUUCUGCCAGCGCUACAGUGUUUGUGAACCUCCUCGACCUGAAUGACAACGACCCUGCCUUUCUCAACCUCCCGUUUGUCGCUGAGGUGCCGGAGGGGCUUCCUAUUGGAUCAUCUGUGUUUAGGGUGCAAGUGCAGGACCCCGACGAAGCAGCCAAUGGUGCUGUAACAAUGGCCCUUCAGAUGGGGAUGCCGAGGCUGGACUUCAGACUCAACAUCACCACAGGAAUCCUGGUGUCCACAGUAGUGCUGGACCGAGAGCAGAUUGGCCAGUAUUAUCUGCGGAUCAUUGCGUAUGACGCAGGCCAGUUUCCACGCACGUCCACAAGCACUCUCACUAUCACAGUUUUGGACGUGAAUGAUGAGACGCCCACUUUCUUCCCCAGUGUUUAUAACGUGUCUCUGGAGGAGAGCGUACCCCGUGAUUAUCUGGUGGUCAGACUCAACUGCACGGAUAAUGACGCGGGUCUUAACGCAGAGCUCAGCUAUUUUAUCACAGCAGGGAACCAGGAUGGAAAGUUUAGUGUGGGGUUCAGGACCGGUGUGGUGCGAACUGUGGUGAGCCUGGACCGCGAAACUCAGGCCUCGUACAGGCUAGUGAUCGAAGCCAUCGAUAACGGUCCAGCGGGCGGCCGAAGGACAGGCACAGCUACAGUCUAUGUGGAGGUGCUGGAUGUCAAUGAUAACAGGCCUAUAUUCCUCCAGAACAGCUAUGAGACCAGCGUCCUGGAGAACAUUCCCAGAGGAACUAGUAUAUUACAGGUCCAGGCCACAGAUGCAGAUCAGGGCGAGAAUGGAAAAGUUCUGUACCGAAUUCUCUCCGGCAACAAUGGUCAAUUUAGCAUGGACAGUCUGUCUGGACUCAUCAGCAGAGGAAGCAUGGCUCUGGACAGAGAGACACGCAGCUCUAAUGUGCUGGAGGUGGAGGCCUAUAACAGUGAUCUGGGCAGUAUGCGCAGCACUGUCAGGGUGAUUGUGUAUGUGGAGGAUGUGAAUGACGAGUUUCCAGUCUUCACUCAGUCACAGUACAACCGUCUGGGGCUCCGAGAGACUGCUGGGAUUGGGACAUCUGUGGUAGUGGUCCGAGCUACAGACCCUGACACCGGCGACGGGGGCGCUGUGGCCUAUUCUCUGGUCUCUGGCUCUGAUCGUAAAUUUGAGGUGGACAUGAGUACUGGUCUGCUAACCACAGUGGAUUAUUUGGACUACGAGACCAAGACCAGCUAUUUAAUGAACGUCUCGGCCACAGAUCAGUCACCGCCGUUCCACCGCAGCUACUGCACCGUGUACGUCACGUUACUCAAUGAACUGGAUGAAGCGGUGGCUUUUCUCUCAGCCGGAUAUGAAGUUUCACUGAGAGAGAACAUUGCUACGGGAACAGAGGUGGUGCAGGUGAAGGCGCAGUCAGCUGAUAACCUGAACCAACUGUCAUACCGCUUCGACCCUGACACCUCGCCUGCUGCCCUGGCGCUCUUUAAGAUUGACAGUGUUACGGGUCGUAUCACUGUGACGGGACUGUUGGACAGAGAGCGGGGCGAUUCAUACACACUCACUGUUGUGGCUGAUGACGGAGGACCAAAAAGAGGCUCCACUGUGAAGGUGUCAAUCACCAUUCUAGAUGAAAACGACAACAGCCCAGAGUUUGACAUCACCUCAGACCUCUCUGUGAAUAUUCCUGAAGACACAGCCAUUGGAAAGAGAGUUGCAGUCGUUUUGGCGCGGGACAAAGACGCUGGACGAAAUGGACUGGUAAACUUCACCUUGAUCGCAGGGAACAUGCAGGAUGUGUUUAAGAUCAACACAGUCAAUAACACGUAUGGAGAGGUUUACUUGAACGCCCCUCUGGACCGUGAAGCUGUGGACCGCUACCUGCUCAAAGUGCGGGCGAUAGAUAAUGGUUCUCCUCCAAGGUACACCGAUGUUUCACUGACGGUGAAUAUUGUAGAUGUGAAUGAUAACCCUCCCGUACUGCAGAGUCCUCGAGGGUACAACGUCAGCGUCAGUGAGAAUGUGGGUGGUGGAACAUCAGUCCUGCGCGUCGUAGCAACAGAUCGUGACAUUGGAGCCAAUGCCAUGCUCUCAUACUACAUCACUGCUGGAAACCAGGACCUGACCUUCAGGAUGGACCGCAUGACAGGAGAGAUAGUGACCCGACCGUCACCUCCAGACAGAGAAAAACAGCAGCAGUACACACUCUCAGUCACGGUGGAAGAUGACGGCACUCCACCUUUAUCAACAUCCACCACAGUUUGGGUGCGUAUAAUUGAUGAAAAUGAUAACGCACCGGAGUUUCCGGAGGAAGAGUACGUGACGGAGCUCAGAGAGGGACCAAACACUGUAGGAGCCAUAAUCGCCACGGUAACUGCCAUCGACCCGGAUGAAGGACUCAAUGGAACCAUCCGUUAUGCCAUCUCUAAGGGCAACCUGGCACAGACCUUUCAGAUCAAUACCGUAACGGGUCAGAUCGUGGUCGUUAGUGCGCUGGAUUACGAGAUCAGUAAUGGUCACUAUGUGCUGACGGUCACAGCCACAGAUCAGUGUCCGAUACCUCUGCUCAGACUGACCUCCAGCACCACAGUCCUAGUGAAUGUGAUAGACGUCAACGAUAACCCACCCAUCUUCCUGAGGCCAUUCGAGGGUCCGUUUGAGAUCACAGAAGGUCAGCCGGGCCCUCGUGUCUGGACUGUCAAAGCUACAGAUGCUGAUUCGGGAUCCAAUGGAAAAGUGGAGUACAGCAUCACCGCAGGGGACCUGAAAAAUGAGUUUGUAAUUUCCUCAGUCGAGGGAGAGUUGAGAGUGAGGAAAGACAUUGAGCUUGACAGAGAAACGAUUGCCUAUUACAACAUAACUAUUACUGCCAAAGAUUUGGGAACGCCUGCGCUCAAUGCUACGGUGGUAGUGGGCAUUCUGGUGUUGGAUAUCAAUGAUAAUGACCCCAUCCUGCUCAACUUACCGGCUAACACCAGCGUGAGUGAAGGAGCCCCGGUCCAAACCUUCAUCAUACAAGUACGAGCACAAGACUCAGACAGCGGCCGCAACGCUCUCCUCACAUACAGCAUCACUGCCGGAAACACCGAUGGAGCAUUUUACAUUAAUGAGACGUCAGGUGUGGUUCAGGUGAACAGGCCGCUGGACAGAGAGAGAGUUGCUGAAUACAGCCUUACCAUCACUGUCAAAGACAACCCAGACAACCCUCGCAUCGCACGCAGGGAUUCAGAGUUGUUGACUGUGACUUUGCUGGAUGUGAAUGACAACAGGCCCAUUUUCAGCCAGUCCAGCUACAGAGGCGAGAUCAGUGAAAACUCACCUACAGGCACUACUGUGUUGAUUCUGAACGGCCCUGUGUUAGCAGAGGACAAAGACAUUGGUGUGAAUGCAGUGGUGAGCUACGGUCUGCUGGGAACCAGAGUGGACAUCUUCUCCAUUGACUCCCGCACAGGGGUGGUAUCGGUGCGUGGGGGUGCUGUCCUGGACCGGGAGGCUUUCUCUGUCCCGCGGGUGGAGCUGUUUCUGGUCUCGGUGGAUGUGGGAGGCUUAAACAGCAGCGUCCCACUCACAAUCACCAUCCUCGAUGUAAACGACAACCCACCCGUCUUUAACCCAUCCAGUUUCACUGUACGCCUGCCUGAGAACAGCCCCACAGGUGUGGUAGUAACUCAGCUCUCUGCCACUGAUGCUGACGCUGGUUCUAACGGUUGGCUGCAGUAUCGGUUAGACAGCGGUGCUCAGGAUCGUUUUAUUGUCGAUGCUCUCUCUGGUGCUGUUCUGGUGGGCAAUGCUACGCUGGACAGAGAGGAACGGAGCUCAUACCGUCUGGUUGUAAUAGCGACUGAUCGAGGCACACCUUCACUCUCAGGGACCGCAACAUUAACGGUGGUUCUGGACGAUGUCAACGACUCGCGUCCUCGCUUCAUACAGCCCGUCCAGACCAUCAGUGUCAAUGAGUCCACUCCACCUGGAGUAGUCGUAGCUACGCUAGCCGCAGAGGAUCCUGAUUUAAAACCCCGUCUGGAGUAUUACAUCAUCUCUGUAGAAGCAAAGGAUGAUGGGAAUAAUGCAGUGGAUGGGCUGCAGCAGUCAUUUGGGAUCGACUUUCACACAGGUGCUGUGUUUGUACGAAACCCCUUGAACCGAGAGCUGGUCGCCACUUUUGAGAUCAUAGUUUCAGUGCAUGACAACGCCAGUGAUGUUAUUGAAAUGUCUGUCAGUGUACCAAACGCCAAACUGACCAUAAACGUGCUGGAUGUGAAUGACAACGCUCCUCGUUUCCGUCCUUUCGGGGUGGCGAACUUCUCUGAGAGCAUCCUGGAGGGUGCUGUGCCUGGUACCACACUGCUGUCAGUGACGGCUGUGGAUCCCGAUAAAGGACCCAACGGACAGAUCAUCUACCAGCUCCUGAACCUGCCUCGUGGAAACUACAUCAGACUUGAAGACCCAUCUACAGGUAAAAUUGUAGCCAAUCGGACUGUGGAUUUUGAGCAAGUGCAGUGGUUGAACUUCACAGUUCGUGCUCAGGAUCAUGGCUCGCCUCCUCGCUUCACUGAGCUUCCUGUCUAUUUACGCAUCAUUGAUGUUAAUGACAACAACCCAGUUUUUCAGCAGCCGUUAUAUCAAAAGUCAAUAUUUGAGGAUGUUGCACUCGGCACUAUUAUUGUGAGCGUGAGAGCGACAGAUGCAGACUCCGGCCUGUUCUCUGUCAUUGAAUACGGGCUAGUAGAUGGCGAGGGCAAAUUUGGGAUCACUCCCACUACAGGUGACAUCUACAUCUUAUCCGCUCUGGACAGAGAAACCAAAGACCGCUACACUCUCACAGCCUACGCCAGGGACAAUCCCGGCGGCAGCCCCAAUAACCGCAGAGAAAACUCUGUUCAGGUGCAGUUGACGGUGCUGGACGUCAAUGAUUUCCGUCCACGUUUCUCAGAGAGAGUCUUCACCACUAGUGUGUUUGAGAACGAGCCGGUUGGGACAUCAGUGAUCACUAUGAAGGCCACUGACCUUGAUGAAGGGGAGAAUGCAUUACUCACUUACAGUCUGCAGGGCCCUGGAGCGGACGCGUUCUCUCUGGAUCCUGACACUGGGCUGAUUCGCUCUCUGCGGUUACUGCAGAGUUUCGAGAGGUUCAAUCUGACGGUGGUGGCGACUGAUCAAGGCAGACCUCCACUCUGGGGGACUGCCAGUCUUCAAAUUACUGUCAUAGACGUCAACGACAACAGACCGAUCUUUGUACGACCUGCCAACGGCACCAUUAUGCACAUACUAGAGGAACAGCCUCCUGGACUGGUGGUGUACGAAGUGUUCGCCACAGAUGAGGAUGAAGGGGUGAACGGAGAGGUUCGCUACAGUUUCCUGCAGACCGGAGCUGGAAACAGAGACUGGGAGAACUUCCAUAUUGAUGCCGUGACAGGAGUGAUCACUACUGCUGUUAAACUGGACAGAGAGAAACAAGCCCUGUACAGCCUUGUUGUGGUGGCGUAUGACCUCGGGCAGCCCGUCCCGUAUGAGACCAUGCAGCCGCUGCAGGUGGCUCUGUCUGACAUCGAUGACAAUGAACCCGUCUUCCUUAAACCUCCGAGAGGAAGUUUGCCGUAUCAGUCUCUGUCUGUACCGGAGCACUCUCCUCCUGGAACUGUUGUGGGUAAUGUGACUGGAGCAGUGGAUGCAGAUGAAGGCUCUAAUGCCAUCGUCUACUACUUCAUCGCAGGAGGUGAUACCAGUGGAAACUUUGCUUUGAGUGUUACCGGUGUUUUACGGGUGAAGAAAGAUCUGGAUCGGGAAGAAAUCCCAGUGUACUCCAUCAUUGUUAAAGCUUCAAGUAACCGCAACUGGACUCCUCCAAAAGGUCAGAGGUCACAGCGGGCUCAGGUGCUCGACCCUAGCCGUGACCCCACAUUACAGGAGGUGAGAAUCUUCCUGGAGGACAUCAAUGAUCAGUCUCCAAGAUUCACAAAGCUGGAGUACACUACAGGUGUUGCUGCAGAUGCUAAAGUGGGCUCUGAUCUGAUCCGGGUUCAGGCAAUUGACAAUGACAUUGGCAACAACAGUCUCGUUCUCUAUCACAUUCUGUCCAUCCGCUACAUCAAACUGCACUCCAAUGACUCGGAAGAAAUGGGAAACGUCUUCAUCAUUGGGGAGACUGAUGGAAUAAUCCGCACGUUUGACCUCUUCAUGGCUUAUGCUCCGGGUUAUUUUAUUGUGGAGGUAUUGGCGAGAGAUCUGGCAGGACACAGUGACGUGGCUCUGGUGAGCAUUUACAUUCUGAGAGACGACCAGCGGGUCAAAAUCGUCAUCAAUGAGAUCCCAGAGAGAGUCCGGCUCUUUCAGGAGGAGUUCAUAAACCUGCUGUCCAACAUCACAGGAGCCAUAGUCAACACUGAUGAUGUGCAGUUCCAUGUGGAUAAAAAAGGAAGAGUGAACUUCGCUCAAACCGAUGUGCUGAUUCAUGUGGUCAACAAGCAGACCAACCGUAUUCUGGAUGUGGAGAAGGUGAUUCAGAUGAUCGAUGAGAACAAGGAGCAGUUGAGGAAUCUGUUUCGAAACUACAACAUUCUGGAUGUCCAGCCUGCUGUAACUGCACGCGCACCUGAUGACCUCACCACAUUACAGAUGGCCAUUAUCAUCCUAGCAGUUUUACUGUUUCUUGCUGCCAUGUUGUUUAUCCUGAUGAACUGGUAUUACCGCACAGUGCAUAAAAGGAAGCUGAAGGCAGUAGUUGCCGGCUCCACAGGAAAUCAAGGCUUGAUGGAUAUUCUGGAUAUGCCCAACACUAACAAGUACACGUUUGAAGGAGCAAAUCCAGUGUGGCUGGACCCGUUCUGCAGGAAUCUGGAGUUAGCAGCCCAGGCUGAGCAUGAGGAUGACCUUCCUGAAGACCUGAGUGACAUCGCAGACCUCUGGAACAGCCCGGCUCGAACACAUGGUACAUUUGGACGGGAGCCUCAGGCCACUAAACCAGAAGAUGACCGAUAUCUACGAGCUGCUAUUCAGGAGUAUGACAACAUUGCCAAACUAGGGCAAAUCAUGAGAGAAGGGCCCAUCAAGGGCUCGCUGCUCAAUGUGGUUUUGGAUGACUACCUGAGACUCAAAAAGCUGUUUGCCGCUCGCCUGGUCACCAAGUCAACCAGCCAGGGUGACCGCUCAUCAGUCACAGAGCUGAUUCAGAGUGACCUGGAUGAGGAUGAUGAAGAGCGCAUCGGCGGUCGGGGAACUCUUCGUUUCAAGCACAAGCUCCCAAUAGAGCUCAGGGGACCUGACGGGGUACACGCGGUCCACGGCAGCACGGGCACACUGUUAACCUCUGACCUCAACAGCCUGCCCGAAGAUGACCAGCGGGCUCUGGCUCGUUCCCUCGAAGCCUUGCAUGCCGACGGCGGCCUGUACGCCGAACGCAACGCCCGAACAGAGUCCGCCAAAUCAACACCGUUACACAGAAACAAAGGCAGCGACACCCUAUCUGAAAGUCCGUUAGAGAUCACAGAGUUAUGACUAGCCGAGGCCUCGCUGGUCUGAGAACACUACAGCGUGCACGUCACU